AUGCGAGCAAGCACGGUUUCGAAAAGGAUUCAGCACGAAUUACCACAUUCACGGUUUCGAAACUCAUCACGAGAGUACAAGAUGCCGCUCUGUCUCACCUUCAUCGACUUGAAGAAGGCCUUCGACUCAGUUGAGACGGAAGCGGUCAUGGAAGCCUUGGACAACCAAGGCAUCCCUACAAACUACAUAAAGGUCUCGGAUACCCCAUUCUCGCUCAACGCAACGAACAUAUCCGAAUGCACCAGCCACGUUUAUCUGGGUCGGGAGUUGAACAUGACGAACGACCCGACCCCCGAGCUGGGCAGGAGGAGACGAGCGGCUUGGGGAGCGUAUAAGAGCAUCGAGGAUGUAGUAAAGAAGACCAGGAACAUCCUGCUCCGUGCUCACCUCUUCAACUCUUCAACACCACCGUACUUCCUGCUUUGA